UCUCUUAUCGCGACAUGCGUGACCGGAAGUAAAUCUCCGCCACGGGAAAACCCAGCAUCGUGAUAAAAGCGUAUUAACUGUUAGCUACAAUGUGAGGGGAAAAAUACAAACGGGUAUCUGGCAAAAAACAGGAAUAGUGUUAGCUAAUGCGUGAGAAAGAAAAAAUAAUGCAGGAAGAAAUGGUUUGUUUAUGUUAAUUUAUUGUCAUAGUGUUAGAAAUAAACACAGGUAUGGAUGUAACGAAGAGAUGAGGGACUAGCUAGUUGGAUAGUUAUCUGGAGAAUUGGGUAGGAGUUAGGUGACCUGGGUGAUGUUUGGAAUUACAUUUUAGGGGGUUGCCUUCUCCACUUGUAUGACAAAUGUCGCUGUUUGCGGCAGAACAUAGCAAGGGAGCUCGCGAGAGGCAGGAAACCGGAAGCGUGAAGGGGGAGGAAACGGGGUCGCCCCACAUACAUGCUUUGAAGAAUGAGGACGGUUAUGAAAUCUCCAUUCCUUUCGAGGUCAACACCUUUGAACAGUCUGGUUUUUUUAGCCAGAAUGAACAAAACUUUGAAGAGUCGUCGACGUCAGGGCUCCCCCCAUCAGGAUCCUCCUACCUCCUGAUCACCAACUUGCGCACUCAGCUGCAGAUCUCCCUGGAGAAGAACUCAUGGCUGCAGAAACGCAUCGAGGACCUGGAAGAGGAGCGCGACUUCCUCCGCUGCCAGCUGGACCGUUUCAUCUUCUCCACAAAGAGCCAGGAGAGAAACGGCUAUGAAUCGAGAAUGUUUUCAUGGGGAAAGAGGAGAACAAAUGAAAGGGAGCACCACUUUGCACCCCGUCGUCUAUAUUCCCGAAAGUCAGCAUCUUUGGGCCCAUCCGGCAGUGCUCACGUUAAUUCCAGCCAGACCGGCAAUCAAAUGGGAUGCGUGUUUUCUCCUGCACCCCCAAACGUGCUGAUUCAAGGACAACCGGGGAGCAACAAUGAAAAGAUGGACAGGACACCUGUAGUUGGAGAGGAAGAGCUCUUUGACCAAGGUGGUUACUUUGAGGAAGAGAGUGCGAUGGCUGGGAGUGAUGUAAUGACAGGGGCUGUGACUUUGAACAGCCUGGGAUCGGGAUCCAGCAGUGGACCUCCGGGCGUGAUGAGGCGGCGAAACUGCAGAAUUGCCCGAGCGAAGGAGAGGCAGAGAGUUAAAGAUGCGGCCGGGGUGCUCUUCCGGUACAAAAAGAUCCUGAUGACAUACCAGCGGUUAAAGAACAUGUCUAAGGCGUUCCAAAUCCAUGGAGUGGACCGCAACACGGUUGCUUCGACAACACCCAUCGCAGAGUUGCUGUUGGUGGCCCCUGAGAAAGUGGCGGAGGUUGGGGAGUUUGACCCCUCUAAGGAAAAGCUUUUGGAUUAUGCUCGACGCUGCUACGUCUCCCUAGAUGAGAAGACGCGCAUGAAGGUCCAGGAGUUAAAGAAGAACCAUCUGCUGCUGCCCAUCUCCUACAGGUUCAGACACUAAGUGGACAGAAAGGCAGUGGGAUGUGGGAUCAUAGAAGGAAGACCUUCUGGUAGAUGUGGCUCCAGAAAUGAGCUGUACUGGCUUUAUGUGGCCAUGCUGGGCAGUUAGGGCUCAAUGUUUUGGUGGAUUGUUGAUUGUUUAAUUUUCUAAUACCAUCUUCGUAUCUUAAAAAGGUUUGAGAAUUUAAUGCUACAAAAGUGUGGGUGAGCAUAGGUGGGCUAUUUUUGCACGCUGAAUGGCAGUAAUCGCUCCGCUGAGCGUAGCUGGGAAACACCUGGCGAGAUAUGGUUUCUGAUAGUUGGUUAGAAUGUCUAUUUUGGACAGAGCUGGUAAAAGGUCACUACUGCUCGUCUGACUCGCGCUUGGGGCUCUUUGGAAACGGCAUUAAUAGGUACGAUGAAUUGAAAUGGAUGGUAUUGUAAUGUGACUGUUGUGGUAUCUCAGAGUUGGUGUGAUUAAAACUAACCAGAGUAAUGUAUGCAAUUCAGCAGUAUCCAUAGACAGACUCACUGUAAAAACAAGCGCUGUUGUACCCAUUGACUUGGGUUCAUGCACAUACAUGCACACGCAAACACUCUUCAUGGCCACUUCCUUUCUCUGACCCUCAUUCCUUUUUCUCAGUUAAUGCUAUUUGCACAAUAUGUCUGCUUGCUGUAAUCAGUGUUACAUCCUUUUACUGUAGGCUAUAUUUGUCCUGUACUUCAAUGAUCUGAUAAAAAAAAUUGUAUAAUGUAAUACACCGUUAUUUUUGCAUUGUAGGCUGACAUAUUGAAGUAGUAUAUUAUUUAAUCUAUUGAUCAUUUUACUCUGCUAUCCUUUGGUAAAUUGAACAGUUAUGCGGUUGUGCUUCUGAUUUGUGUUCAAGCUGUAGUCUUGUACUACUGUCAUUGCAUGCUUUAUGAUAUAAAAUGCAAUAAUUUGGAAAAUGUGCUCUGGUAAUAGUUGCAAUUGUCUGUGAAUUUGGAAAGUUUUUUUUUGAUUGGGAAAAGAAAAUGUGGUUCUCUGCUCCCGCUUGUAUUGGAUGAAGUUGCAUUUUCUUCUGAUUUGAAAUAUAGCAAUUGUGAAAUUUUAAAGACGAUUCAAGGUUAGGCAAGUUCCAAUGUUGACAGCUGUCAAUUUCAGUGUCUCAUUUCACAAAAUAUUCUGGUGUAAUCAACUGUGUUAUUAGCUUUAGUAUAUCUAAGUAGUGUGUGUAUUAUGUACAAUUAAAUACAGAAAUUGACAACCCCCCCCCCCCAACUCACUGUAAUAGCUUAAGCACUAUGUGAAAAUGAGAAUGCCUACGACAUUUAACUCCUGUGAAUGUUCACGUCUGUCACCACUUCUCGAUUUUAGUUUAGUGCGCCAAACCCUCUGAAACUCAAGCUGUGUGCAGUAGUGCUCAAUACGGGUCAGAGAGAGUCUUCAGUUCUGCCUCAGGAAUCUAUCGUUAUGUGAUAUACAACCUAUGUGAUGACUCUGAUGGUCUCUUAAUCUCGUUCGCAGCUGUUUUAAAUCAGAAUGCUUUAUUUGAGUAUAUAAAUCAGAGUAUAUUAAUAUAUUCUACAAAGCAAGAGGUAUUUGUCCUACUAAAAAAAAUGCAUUUUGUUGAUUAUGCUAAUUACGAUAAUUUAGAAAUGCAAAUAAAGCAUUUUGUUUCUUAUAAAAA